CUUCCGCUUAAACUGAGUUGGCAUUUCCCUAUGUGGUUAUAUAUUAUUUAAAUUUUUGUUAAAUUCAACAAUUCUUUACUAAUGGAAUCAGAUAGUGAUCACGAUGACCGCGAAAAGAAAAUGUCCAAAUUAUUGCUAAGGAAAACGUAUAAAGUGACGAUAAUAAUGCUGAUAAUUGGUCAAAUUCAGGUCUCAGCCGUUAUGGAAAUUAAUGUGCUGAAGGCUUUUCUGGGAAAGCACUACUAUGUCAGUCUUGUGCAGUUUUUCAUGAGUUUUAUAUCGAUCCAACUUUAUGUAUUCUUUUAUCACCUUAUCGUUCGCACAGCGACCUGGAAACGGAUAUUAGCUGGCAUUUGGACGUUCGAGGUAAACACAAUUUCCAUUAUGAAACCCGCCAGAAGAGCGCCAUACACCAGCCUUGCUUUAUCCUGGAUUCUGACCUUCUGUAUAAUGGCCAUAAGUGUAUUAUAUGGCAAUAUUGCUGUCAAGCACCGACGUGGACUUUUUCUCUCACGACAUAAUGUAAUACGCUGGAGUGAGCGUCUCUUUGUCCUGACCAGCUUUGGCAUUAUUGUAUGCUCCGAAAUGAGACGAGUUUCCAUUGAGUUCCCCACGCUCUUUAUCUACAGCAUGUUAUCUAAUGUUUUUGUGAUAAUAUUUGCUGCCUCGAUACGCAAGCCCAAUUUCUAUCAUCUGGAUGCUGUUGGCGAUCACAUGCUUAUUGGCCAAUUGUAUUAUCUUAAUUUCUAUGCUCUCUACAUGGGCUACGUAUGGACAACGGCAUCUGGCUUCGAGUUGACUGGCUAUCAUUUUAAAUAAUUUUUUUUAAUUAUAUAUAUUUUCAAUUGAAAUUGCAACUGCCACCUUAUGUGGCAGGGUUGCCCUGCAAGUUGACUGUCUUCAGCGCAUGUCCACAAACAGCUGUUUCACACACACACACACACACACACAGACACCCAGAGACACUGCAACAUAACUCCUCCUCCAUUUCACUCCAGUUUCCUCAGUUAAAGUGCCAGCUCUCAAUGUUUACGUCACAGUCGUUCGCCGUGUAAACAGUUUGGUUUGUGUUUCGGACGUCGAAUUCGGGUCGUUAAAAAUCGAUAAAGUUUUUCCUUUUUACAAUACAAUGUAUCAAAGAAAUAUGUAAAUAAUAAUAACAGUUGAAUGCA